AUGUUGAACUGGUUUCGUUCAGAGAAUGUUUAUUGAGUGUGAGCGAGACUGAUGAAGUCACUGGUGUAGUCAGCAACGAGCCGCCCAUUGUUUCUUCUACUCACCAAACACCGGACUACUCCGUGGUAUCGGUGAGCGAGAUGUAUAGCGUGCCGAUCAAAAUAAACCGUGAUGUUCCGGAGAAAGGAACCAUACGAUGGAAUUAAAUAUUGGAUCGAUCUACGGCUUAAGCAUCAGUCUGAAUUUACGGGCUUCGUGUGCCUCAGAAAAACCUGAAAGUUUGAUAACACUUCCGCACGGAAAAACUGUCUGUGACGAAAAGGGACUUCGGGGCCUGGCGACAGAAAAAUAGCGGGUCGAAAUGGCGGAAAGUGCCGUAACGGAGACUGCAUCACCGGACAAGCAGCCCGACCUCACGGGACAGGCCAAGAAGACCAUUCAGACCAAGGGAAAUGUUGUCAUAUUCGCAAUGGACGGGAGUGACAUUGCUAUUAACGCCCUCAAGUGGUACGCCUCAAAAUGUCACAGACCGGAAGACGUAGUAGUUCUUGUAUACGCCGUAGAAAUGAGCGAGAUCUUCACUUCCGCCCAGUGGCUACAAACGCCUAACACAGAAGAUAUCGAUGCCUUUCAAACUAUAUUCCGACAUGAAAUAGAAAAAAUACAGAAGAAACUUCAGACGUUUACUAAAGUUUUACGACAACUAGAGAUUAAUGGAAGCGUCAGAAGUACUCACGCCUGCAAGCCCGGAGAGGGAAUAAUCAAUGUAGCCAAGGAGCUGAACGCAACCAUGAUUGUCACCGGAAGUAGGGGUCACGGUAAACUCAGAAGAACUCUGCUGGGUAGUGUCAGUGAUUACUUGAUACACCACGCGGACAUUCCUGUACUUGUGUGUCGUCAUCAAUCAUUUAAUUGACGUCACUCUUGUUAUAAAUGAUUGCUGAAAAUCCGCUUUCAGAGAUUUAGAAGGUAAAAGAUUCUGUACUUGACAAGAUGUGUUUGUUUAUUAUCAUGUAAUCAUGUCCUAAAAAGUGUAUUAAAGGAUAUAUAUCAUGUAAAGAA